AUGGCACCACCUGCUCCAUUUGUAGAAGAAACUGACUGGGAUGAUGAGGGCUUUGUAUCACAAUUGACACAAGAGUUUUGUGCAACUCCACAGCCUGAGAUGACAAAGGGACCGACACCCCUUGAACAACUGAAAAUGGGAUUAGGAGAUGAUUCAUACUUUAGAGGUAAGCAGUUGGAGGCCAUCAAUGCAAGAGAUGGAACUCCAGCAAUGUUUGAAAGGAUUCAAAAUGACCUCUCUUUUGGUAGCUCAUCUCAGAAGUUGAAGCAAAUCAAAAAGGAGAAGGGAGAAAAGUCUAGAAAGAAUUGA